UUGCUUCUCCCUGGAAGUGUCUUUCUUUCGGGUCGGUAAUACCCUCUCGAACGUGGUGGAUAUGUCAAGACUGUCGGAGUUGCAGCUCACAGACCACGUUCCCAUCUUUGUUUACCUCCGUUCACUGGAUUCUCCGGCUUCCACAGAAACAUUAUCUCGCAGUGGAAAUGCCACAGGUGGAAGAGAAGUCAAAGAAUAUCUUCUCUCUUUCACCUCACAACGAGGUGAAAGGGGCUCAGUGUGUGAAAUGAAUGAACUAUCUCAGUAUAGUCCUCUGACAAACAUUUUGUUGAUCUCAGAAGCUGAGUCGCUCUCGUCCAGGUUAGAGGCAAUGAAGCCAUUGGAAGUGAAAUUAAUUCAUAUCAGCAUUGAUGCUAUAUAUGAGUUUCUUCAAGACACAUCAAGUGGUAGUGUAAAAGAGAAGGGUCAAGACAAUGUCGCUUCUCAGGAAAUACAGACUAAGCAUGGACUUAGGCGAAACAUUACUCAUGUAGAGCAUAGGAGCUCGCUUCAGUUGCCAUUAGUCCCUGGAACUUCUUCAAAUCACUUGGACAGAAAGCAAGAAAUAAGCCAUAGAACUGGUGCUUUGGAACAGCCUGGUAGCGUCUACCGAAACAACCCUUCAAUCUUUGGAGUUCGUGGAGAAAAUGCCAAGGAAUCUUUGUAUUCAUCAGAAGGAAUAUUGCAAAUUCUUGAGUCUUCAUUUCAAAGGUUGAGAUUUUUUGGCCUUGGGAUAUCAAACCAGACAAGUAUCAGAUUCACAACCGCAUCUCAGGAUAGAGGGGAGUCAUGUGACAGCUCUUCGCUCACAGAAACCUUCCAGUUUCUUCCAGACAUGAUAUUUAACACUUCUGCCGUAGCAAAUGUGAAAGUAGAUGCUCUACCAAGUGAUGCUGGAGCUUACUACAUAUGUUUACAAAAUGAAAGUGCACCUAAUUCCUGGAUACACCAGGGGGAUGAAAUUGGAGUCCGCAUUCAAACAUUUUCCAAGUCCAUGCCUUUAUGGUUGAGCCUGCUUUUCAUAUUCAUCCUCCUCCUUCUCUCUGGAAUGUUUUCGGGCCUGAACCUGGGACUUAUGGCUCUUGAUCAAACAGAACUGAAAAUCGUGUCUAUGGCAGGGAAUGCAAAGGAGCAAAAAUAUGCCAAAGCCAUUCUCCCCUUAAGACGCUUGGGAAACUAUCUCCUGUGUUCACUACUCCUUGGAAAUGUGGUGGUGAACUCCACAUUGACUAUCCUGAUCGAUGACCAAGUGGAUGGAUUAAUAGCCAUCCUUAUAUCAUCACUGGGUAUCACCAUAUUUGGUGAGAUAGUCCCUCAGGCCAUCUGCUCUCGCCAUGGACUUGCCAUCGGAGCUUGGACUUCUCCACUGACAAAAAUUGUGAUGGUCCUCACAUUUCCGCUGUCAUUUCCUAUCAGUAAAGCACUUAACUGGGCCCUUGGUGAAGAGGUUGGAAAUGUGUAUGAUCGUGAACAUCUUAAGGAACUUAUGCGGGUGAGCAAAUUUAAGGAUAUUGAGAAGGAAGAAGUAAAUAUCAUUUCUGGUGCCCUUGAUCUGAAGAAGAAAACUGUUGCUGAUGUUAUGACCAAAUUGGAAGAUGUCUUCAUGCUUCCGUAUGACGCUGUCUUGGAUUUUUCUACUAAAUACGAAAACAAGGCAAGUUAUUCACGUAUACCCAUCUAUGAUGGGUCCCACAACAACAUAGUAUCAGUGCUGUUUGUCAAGGACUUGAUGUUCAUGGAUCCUGAUGACAACAAACCACUAAAAACCUUGUGCAACUUCUAUAAGAACCCUCUCUUCUUUGUGUAUGAGGAUACAACCCUUGAUGUCAUGUUCAAUGAGUUCAAAGAAGGCAGUAAGGGACAUCUAGCAUUUGUGCAACGGGUUAACGCAGAUACUGAGAAGGAUCCUUUCUAUGAAGUUCUUGGGAUUGUAACAUUGGAAGAUGUUAUUGAAGAAAUCAUUCAAGCUGAAAUCAUUGAUGAGACAGAUGUAUUUACACCUGCUCUGCCCCGCUCUGUAGCUGACAAUCGCACUUGGAAGAGGAGGAUGCGAAAUGAGCUGAAGCAUGAUUUCUCAGUUUUUGCUCAGCAAAGAGAGACCCAUCGUGUUCGGAUGUCACCCCAGCUUGCUCUUGCUGCCUACCAGUUCCUUUCAACUUCUGUUGAUGCUUUCAAGCCCUCCAUGAUUUCAGACAGGGUCUUACGUCAGCUGAUCAACCUUGAUGUGGUCCGUCAGAUAAAGAUGCCAAAAGAGGGACCUCCAAAUCCCAAUGAUAACUCCUUCUUCAUUUACCAGCUAGGAAAGCCAGCUGACUAUUUUGUGCUCAUCCUUGAAGGCAGAGUGUCUGUAAUGGUCACUCAAGAGAACUUGACUUUUGAGGCUGGUUCCUUUGCCUACUUUGGUGUCCAGGCACUUGCUCUCAGUCCAGAUUCAGCCACAUCUGUUAGUGGGCCUCUACCAGGCAGUCAGCCAGCAACACCAAGCAUGGCAGGUCGAAAAUUUUUGGGUGGAGUCCCUGUGAGCUCAGGUACAGGCUCAUCUGGCAAUAUCCUGUCUGCACUCAUUCAGGAAUCCCCUACCAGUGGUUCACCUCAUCGGUUUUCUAAACCACGGCAAAGUGCACAAGCCUCGUUUUUUGUCCCUGACUACACUGUGAAAGCUGUGACAGAUGUCUUAUAUCUUUGCAUCAGGCGAAUGCUAUAUCUUGCUGCUUGGCAAGCAUCCAUGCUCUACAGUCAGAAGAAAGAAGAGGAGGCUGAGCAGAUUGAGUCCACCUUUGAAAAGAUAUUGCAAGAUGCAAACCCACAUGCAUCACCACGUUCAUCAUUUGCUGCAUUGGAAUACAGGAAGUCAUUCUUAGAUUCCAGUUCCAGCAGUGGUCAGUCACCCAUCCCCACACCUUCUCCACCAUCAACAUCAAAAACAUCUGAGAAACAUGUAACAAUUCAAGAUACUUCCUCGGACAAGAAUUUUGAUUCAUUGCAUUUGAAGAAGAAAAAUUUACAGGGGGAGCCUGGCUCUGAAGAUGACACUCACCCCCAGUCCUGACAGUCAAGCCAUGACUCUCUUUCUCUGUUAUCCAAUACCUAUGGCAAUCAAUUCAUCCACUGAGCCCCUUGACUUCCCUUUCCUCUUCUAUAUCUUUCAUUCAUCCUCUCUCUUGGCAUGAAUACACAUGUACUUUCUUAUCUCUGAGCUAUCCCUAAUCUGGCUGAUAUUGGAAACCAUGCAUCUUGAAGAUGUUGAAUUGUGUCUUUGCUAAUAGGCAUAAGCUUAUAUUUGAAGCUUCCUUGUAGGACAAAUGGCAUUAUUAGAUGAUCCUACUUCAGUUUGUGUAUCUGAUAGGUACAUCACAUAAUGAUGCCCCUCAUCUAGAAGGUCUUGGAUGACAUCAUUGUGCAUUAUUAGAAAACUUCAAUUGUGUGGCUUGAUAGCAGCAAUGAUGAUCUGAUGACCUAUUUUGGCAGGUAUUAUAGUUGGCAUGUUAUAUGGAGUUUCAUCAUCCUAUGAAAUGAGAGGAUGAAACAGCAUUUUGUGUGGUUUUUGUCAUCUCUUUCCACAGGAUUAUGUAUACAAUUCAGAAUGUAUAUCUGCAUCAAAGUAGUGAUUCCAGCUAACUUACCCACCUUAAGAACAUCUGGUUGAGAGAGGACAGCCUGCAGAUCUAUUGUUGAGGUUCUGUAGGUGUCUGACACCAAAAGAAAUUCAUAGCUGAUAUUCUGGAAUGCCUAGCAUGUUCCACUGUCGUCAGAGCCAUGAUUUCAGCUGGUUCUACGGACCCAUUGUUUCUUCUGUCGUGUCACCUAGGUCAGAAGCCUCUUCCAUUGCUCAGUAUGGUACUAGGCUUAUAUUACUCAUGGCAGUAGCCAGUAGCCAUUUUCCUCAGGUUUAUCUUUGCUCUCUUUGUCAUGGUUUAUCUUUGUCUACAUUUUUUUAUUAUUUAAACUUCCUUGAACAGGAUUCCUUCAUAUUCUCUUUCUGAAUUCAGAUUUUAAAUGCUGCAUGUCCUUUCCAUCUUAUGCUUCUUUCUUGUGGUCUCUGUUCACUUGCAGACUUGAAGGCUGUUCACCAAAUCC